UCGGCAAAACGUAAGCCAACGUAAGUGUCAGUGAGAUGCAAGAUCUGCUCUCUUUCCGAAAAUAAGUUCGCUUCACCGCAAUUUUCUUUGAUUUCAACCGAAUUUUGACAUUCAGUGAAAAUAAGUUCAAUUCUCCGCAAAUUUUUAUUAAAUUCAAUCGAAACAUUCCAAAAAUGUUCAUUCCAAAGGCCAAUCGUAUCGCAAUCUACGAGUACCUCUUCAAGGAGGGCGUAAUCGUGGCCAAGAAGGACCCUCGUGUCCUGAAGCACCCGGACUUGGAAACGAUUCCGAAUCUGCAAGUCAUCAAGGCGAUGCAGUCGCUUCAUUCACGUGGUUUGGUCAAGGAGCAGUUCGCCUGGAGGCACUUCUAUUGGUGCCUCACCAACGAGGGAAUCGAGGAGCUGCGCAGCUAUCUACACUUGCCCCCGGAGAUCGUGCCCUCCACUUUAACUCGUCCUGCUCGCUCCGAUACGGCGCGUCCGCGUCCAGGAGCUGGAGGACCUCGUGGAGGGGGGGCCGGGGGAUUCGGACUGCCCUCCAAGACCGACGAGGACAGAUCGACCUACCGUCGUGCUCCCAGCGAUGGUGGAUUGGACAAGAAGGGCGAUGUGGGACCUGGAACCGGUCAGCUCAAAUACCGCGGAGGUUUUGGGCGCGGAUCUCGCUACUAAGUCAUUAAGAGAUGAAUAAAAGCA